AAGAGAUUCUUAUUGCAUAUCACCUGAAUAUUAAUGGCACAUAAAUCUUUCAAAGCACUCUAAAAUCUACAAUGUCAAAAUUUCAGCUUAAUAACUUUCAUUCAUAAACAUUAAAUAUGUCCGUUUUCCGUUUUGUAGAAUAUGUAUACACGUCGAGGUAGAGGAAGAGGUCAUCGUAGACCCCUAAAACAAGAACCCCCAAUUCCUCAGAACUUAUCUACCAUAAUGAAUAAUAAAAGCACAAUGAAACAUGGUGGUAAAUGUUGUGGUGAAGUGAAUAUGCAGUUGGAAUUGAAUGCAUAUGAUUGUUCAUUUUUAAAUCACCUGAAGCAAUUAUUUGGAAUGCUGAAGACGAGUCCACCAGUAAUUGAAUUGAUUAUGAAUUAUUAUAGACAGUAUCAGGGGAACCCCUAUGAACAAGUCCUAAAGCUGAUGUUUAACUGUCCUAAUUUCUACAAUUCCAAACCAAAGUCCCUUCCAUUCUUUAUUGUUGAACAAUUUAAAUCUUUCAAACAGGAACAACCCCAUAAACUAUAUGGUUUUUUAACUGAUGACCUCAAAUUUAUUGCAUAUAAAUUAAUGUUGAAACAGAGUAUGUCUUCUUUGACAAAAUUAGUGGCUGAAAUUUUUGAAAUGAAUUCCAGCAGUGAAAUUUUUUUGGACUUGGUGAAUUGCAUGAUAGAUAAAAAGCAAUACAAAGAGGCUUGCCAAACUGUUACACUGUUCAACCUACAGGAACAUUUUGACCUGGAGGAUAUUUUGAUUCCAUUAUUCUACCAAGAUAAGAUAUUUUUACUAGAAGAUUACAUAGCAUCCAGCCCAAAAAUUCAAGAACAAUUUGUUGCUUAUCUAGAUAAAAUGUUAGGAAUGCCUUCUAUACGACAGGCAGUAAUUGAAUUUGCUUCGAUUCAUGAUGUACCGGAAAUCAAUUGGGACAAAAUGCAAUCUAAAUCGUUUAAGAAAUUAAUCGCUAGGCUGGUUAAAAAGUUUGAUUUAUCUUCACAUCUCACUCCCAAUCUCAACAAGAGGAGAAAUGUAGGUGCUCUGAAUUUUCUUAUGCAGAAAAGAUAUGUGGAUGAAACAUUUAGUGAUGAAAGCUGGAAGGAAAUGGUACAGGAAGCCAUUGGUGAAGAUCAAGAUUUACAGAGAGAUCUUCUACAUCAAUUGAAUUAUUACAACGAUCUUGCAGAGGCUCUGAAAUGGGCACAUUUCUAUAAUAUAGAUAGGGAAAAUUGGCCAUCUAAUCUUCGGGUAUUCGCAGACGACAGAAUGUCUCCAGCCAGAGUUCGAGGCAACAGUCAAAGUGAAUACUGGGAUGAACCCCAACCUUCGAUCGAGUAUCACAAGUUGAAUCUGGAAGUAGACGCUAUUUGCUUGGUCGAUUCCGCAGGCUCCUUUCAAGAUUUCUUGGAUCAAGGUUUGAAGGAUGUUGAUAUAGUUGGAAUAGAUUGUGAGUGGAAACCCAGUUUCGGAGUACAGAAAUCCGAACUUGCCUUGAUGCAAAUUGCAACAAGACGAAAUGUGUUCAUUCUUGAUGUACCUGCUUUGAGCUCCAAGGCACCACAUGCUUGGAGUAAUCUUGAGAACAUGCUAUUCAAAAAAAGUGACAUCUUGAAAUUAGGAUUCUCAAUGUCCAGCGAUCAGACUAUUAUUGCAGACUCGUUAUCUGGAUUGAAGUUUGGUUCAAAGCAAUUUGGUUUUCUGGAUUUGUUGUCACUCUGGAAGAUAUUGGAAAAACAUCCUGAAGUUGUUUUACCACAUACCCAAUCUGGAGGUGCCAGCUUGAGUACCCUUGUCCAUCAGUGCUUGGGGGCCCCUCUUGACAAGUCGGAUCAAUUUUCUAACUGGGACAAACGACCGCUUAGGUUGAGUCAAUUGAUAUACGCUGCCCUUGAUGCCUACUGCCUAAUAGAAGUUUACGAUGUAAUAAGACAAAGUUGUGAUCGAGUUAAUUGCCCUUUCGAAGAAAUCUGUUUCAGCCUGAUCUCGAAUAGUAAGGUUCCUAAGAAGAAGGCUAAGAAGUCUAAUAAGAAGGAUGGUCCGAAAGCUUCAGCUGACAUCCCACAGCCAAAAUGCCACAUUACUGAAGAAAUAACUACCUCAAGAAUCAAAUUCGUCUGUGAUACAAUGUUACAAGGAUUAGGUAAAAAAUUGAGAAGAUGUGGUAUCGAUACAGCUAUCUUGGGUACCGAUCAGGACCAUACGGAAUGUGUAAAUCUAGCUCACAACGAAGAAAGGUAUAUACUCACCAGGGGAACCAUUUUCAACAAGUUGGUGGGAUACGUAUGUCCAGGAUACUGCUACAAAGUGAUCAGUGACGAUAUAGAUGUUCAAUUAAAGGAAGUCUUGGACUAUUAUCGUAUAAAAGUAACGAAGGCUGAUGUGUUCAGCAGAUGUCAAUUUUGUAACGAAAGUUGUUUCGUUAAAGUUGGUCGUUCCACCAUGGAAAUGAUGGCGUCUCAAAACAAACCUGCUCGUUUUGCUCCACCACCACCUUGCUAUAUGGAUGAGGCAACUGGGUUUUCCAGUGAUGAGGAAGAUUGUCCGGAGGAUGAAGAGCACUAUAUUCCGGAAAGAAAGUGGAAUUUGAUUCCUGAUGAAAAUAUAGACGUUGGCCUCUGUGAAACUCGUAGAGGGGUCAAAAUCCAAAUGGCUCAUAUUCCUGAUGACAUAAUCAAAAAAAUCGAACUUUUUUAUAUAUGUGAACAGUGCGGCAAGGUUUAUUGGGAUGGGAGCCAUUACGACAAAGUCCUCCAUGGGGCGCUGCAAGAUAUUGUACAAUGACAUUUUCAAUUUAAAACGAGGAAACUAGAUAAUAACAACAGAAGUAUUUGAUAAUUUCAAUAAAGUUUUCCUUUAGUUUGAAAAAAUUCAAUUAAUAAAAAUAUAUAUUAUCAAUAGAAAAAAAAAUUGUAUUGAUUUAAGAAUUCAUUUGUUGUUAAUUUUGUACACAAUAGCCUAUUUGGUAGUUUAUUAUUGAUUGAGUACAUAAAAAGCGGAUAUUUUCGAUUCACAUGCAUAUUUUAAAUGAAUAUUUCAAUAGAAAGAGUAAAAUUCAAACAGGCUGUCAAAAUGGAAUUUUACGCAGAUUGACGUCACUUGGAUAUAUUAACAAGUGAAUUUCAUAUAAAAAGAAUUUGCUUUCAUGUCUAUUUUGACGGUUUUUUAUUUUUUGUGUAUCAUUUUGAUGUUAGUAAUAAAGUUUUUAUUAU